CAAAAUGCCGUUAAACACCAGCAGGUCCCACCACACAGGACGUCGUUAAUCGUUACUUGCCUGACUCCCCACCCUCUCCCUCUCCUCUCCGAUUUCCUUUCCUCCAACUUCUUCGAUCUUUCCUCCCAAACCCUAGCCCUGAUUUCCAUCCCCACCCCCCUCACUCUCUCUCUCUUUUCCCCAUCUAGGUCUCCCUCUUCUUUCUUUUCUUUCCUCUUUUGUCAAUGAUCAAUCAGCGAUCCAAGCUCUGAUCGUAGGAAGGCCCUACGGUAACCAUUUCAUGCUCGAUUCUGCAUUUUUAUAAGGUGGGAUUGAGGGGGCAAUCUGUUGGGAUUUGUUGCGGCGAGAAUGUCGAAUUUGUACGGUGAUUACAAUCAGAAGAUUGAUUAUGUAUUCAAAGUGGUCUUGAUCGGGGAUUCUGCCGUGGGGAAAACUCAGCUGCUCGCACGUUUUGCAAGGAAUGAAUUCAGCCUGGAUUCCAAGGCCACUAUCGGGGUUGAAUUCCAGACGAAAACGCUCAUCAUUGAUUCCAAAACGGUCAAGGCACAGAUUUGGGACACAGCAGGACAAGAAAGGUACAGAGCAGUUACUAGUGCAUACUACAGAGGUGCUGUUGGGGCAAUGUUAGUGUAUGACGUGACAAAGCGUCAGUCAUUUGAUCACAUGGCUAGAUGGUUAGAGGAACUGAGAGGUCACGCGGACAAAAACAUAGUGAUUAUGCUGAUAGGCAACAAAUGUGAUCUGGGAACUCUUAGAGCGGUGCCAACUGAAGACGCAGAAGAGUUUGCGCAAAGAGAGAAACUGUUCUUUAUGGAGACAUCAGCGCUAGAGUCCACCAACGUGGAAACUACUUUUCUGACCAUUCUAACGGAGAUAUACCGAAUAAUAAGGAAGAAUACAUUAACUUCCAAUGAGGAGGGAGAGUCGAGUGGUUCAGGGCUGUUGACGGGAACCAGGAUUAUUGUUCCUAACCAGGAGCCAGAAACUGGCAAGAAGGGCUGCUGCUUUGGGUCCUAGCUUUACUUUAGAUGCUGCUUCCGCAUACUCCUCUUACCUUUGUACUUUGUAGAGAGGCUUCGUAUGGUUCUUGGUCAGGAUUUUAUGUUUGCCCCUUGUCAUUCCUUUUUUCCCCUCUUUCGAACUUCUUAGGAUCUAAAUUUGUCGAUACAAAUUCUCACCAGAUGAGAUGCCUGAACGCACGCUUGGAACUUCAAAUGUUACCUGCAUCCUUAGGAUUGAGUAUUUUGUAUAACUUAGACCGGCUUUACUUAGUCUUCACAGACGUAGUGGAUCUAUUUCAAUCUUUCAGGUCGGGCGUUCUCCCAAUGUUUACACAA